UCGUAUGUCACUUGAAUUAAGACAAAGACAUCGUAAAGUUUUAAAGAGCUAGACCAGCAGGCACUACCCUCUCUACCUCCAAUGCCUAUUCGGCUGCAUUUCUUUGUCAGUUCUGCAAGGCAUGUCGUCAGUUCAUCGGUGCUCGUCUGCCGGUUCAUCGCCUUCCAUCUCAACCCGCUCUUGUUUCACCUGUCCUACUUCGUCGCCGUUGAUCUACUCGGUUUUCUUGCCUUGGCGCUGCUCAAGCCAAGCAACACCGACUACCGCCCGCGGUACGUCGACAUGUUCUUCAUGUCGACGUCUGCGGUUACGGUCACCGGACUGGCCACCGUCAAGAUGGAGGACCUCUCCAGCUCUCAGAUAGUGGUCCUGACUCUCCUGAUGCUCUUAGGCAGUGAGAUGUUCCUCUCCCUGCUCGGACUUGUUCUUGAGCUCCGCAAGCGAAAACAGCAAGAUCAAGAUGAGAGCAGGCUACGAUCGGUCACCGUUUGCGACGAAUCGAAUCUCGAAGAGGUGAAUCCACCAAUUAGUCCAUCCACAGGUCUCAAUGAUCAGAAGCAGAGCUGCCUCAGAUGCUUAGGACUUGUGGUGUUGGCCUACACGGUCAUGAUCUUUCUCCUUGGCUCUCUGCUGGUGUUCUUGUACGUUGCCAAUGUUCCGAGUGCAAGAGGUGUACUGGCGAGGAAGAGCAUCAACGCCGCGCUCUUCUCGGUGUCGGUCACCGUGUCGUCCUUCACCAAUGGUGGGUUGUUGCCGACGAACGAGAGCAUGGCAGUAUUCGCGACAAACCAGGGUCUCCUCCUGCUGCUCACCGGCCAGAUCCUCGCCGGCAGCACGCUCUUCCCGGUGUUCCUCAGGCUGCUGAUAUGGGCCAUCAGAAGACUAGCAAGAGUGUUCACUAGACGUGGAUCCGAAGAGCUUGAGUUCACGGCGAAGAACGCCAUGGCGGUGGGCUUCACGCACCUGCUGCUGCCUGGAUUGCAGACGGCGUUCCUCGCGGCCACGGUUGUCGCUGUCGCUGCCGCAGCGGUGACGCUCCUCUGCUGCUUGAACUGGGACACCCCGGUGUUCGCGGGGCUCACCGCUGGCCAGAAGAUCACCAACGCGCUGUUCAUGGCCGUGAACGCGCGGCAGGCGGGGGAGAACUCCGUCGACUGCUCGCUCGUCGCGCCCGCGGUGCUUGUGCUGUUCGUCGCCAUGAUGUGCAUCCCAUCCUCGGCGACAUUAUUCUCGGUGCACGACGGCGAAAGAAUCGGCGGAGAACCAGAACACAAGGAUGGAAGAAAGAAGAGAAGAUUGUCACUGAACAGAAUGUUACUGUCGCCGAUAACCUGCAACGCUGCAGUGACGAUGCUCGUCUGCGUCACCGAGAGGCGAUCGCUCACCAGCGACCCUCUCAACUUCUCCACGUUCAACAUGAUCUUCGAGGCGAUUAGUGCGUAUGGGAACGUGGGGCUGUCCACCGGUUACAGCUGCUCGAGGCUGCUGCGGCCGGAGGAGAUGAGCGUCUGCCAUGACCGGCCGUACAGCUUCUCCGGGUGGUGGAGCGACCAGGGGAAGCUGGUCCUCGUCCUCGUGAUGCUCUACGGGAGGCUGAAAGGGUUCCACAGGCAGCAGCAGCAACGCAGGAGCUGAUCAAAAACAACGACAUGAAAAUUUUCAGGUACCUUAGUCGUCCGGGAAUCAAACCUGAAACUCAAACAACAAGGCACACGCAUGUCCCAGCUGCAUACACGCGCGAAAAAUCCUUGAAUAAUUCGUGGGCACGAGGAAUGAAGCAGUGCAGCGUUCCAGAGUGAAAUGCGAUCGGCGGAGGGUGAAAUUAAAUAUAUAUAUAGAUUAAGUUUUCUUAAAUCAAAUUUUGAUUAAGUUGUGCAUGGAGAUGAACUGCAGUGUUACCUAACACAUGUGUCUUUUUUUUUUUUUGCCUAAUCAGAUGCCUCGAAUC